GCUUUCUCCAAGCACCUGUGCAUCCUAUUUCGUUUCGUAUUUUGGAAUGGUUUCAUGUUUUCGCGAUGGCUGUGCGAGUGAGAGUAGGGGCUUUAAAAUAUGUAUUAUAUGUAUAUAAACGUGUAAUAUGUGGCACUUUUUAAGUUCUCGUUACGUGUUAGAAAGGAUGUUCGUUUGUAGUUUAUUCGUGAAUUUGGGUGAGUGGCCACUUAUCCGUUAGUGCUUUCAAUCCUACAAUUCGGUGCCUGACAACUGUGCGUAGGCUAGACCAGGGCCAUGACAGGAAGGUGAAGAAUGAAAUAGUGUCAAAGUUAUUGAAUGUGGAGUGCUAUUUCGCGUUUAUUUUCAAAGACGAAUUCAAAUUCAAGAAAUAGUGAACCAGUCAGUGACACGAAAAUCAUGGAUCGAGGUGAAGAUCGCCGACGAACCACCGCUGACUGGGAGCCACAGGAUACUUACGACACUCGGCAGGCGAAGCAGCGCGCCUCCGUGAAGUGGCUGCUGUCGAAGGCGUACAACAACCGAGUGCCCGACAACCUGCGCGAGCCCUUCUACCGGGAUCAUGAGGACCAGGAGCAUCUGAAGCCGCAGGUGGUGCACGCGCUGGCGAGCGCCGAGCUGUACUGCCUGGCGCUGGCCAACAUCUACUCGGACCCCAACUACCACAACCUCAACCACUGGGGCGUGCUGCAGGCGCUGGGCCGCAAGGGGGUGUUCGCCGCGGAACCGCCCGACGCGCGCCUCACGGAGACGGUGCUCAUCCAGACGACGCCGCUGCGCCUGAGCGCGCACAUGGCGGUGAUCGAGGCGCUGAUGGCGCUGUACGCCAAGGAGGUGGUGACGCCCGACCGGGUGCUGGUGGCGGUGCAGCGCUUCGGGCCGCAGCACGGUGCGGGGGCGGCGGAGGAGCCGGAGGCGGCGCUGCCGGCCGACCACGAGGCCGGGCUACUGUUGUGGGUGAACCGCGCUGGACAGGCCCUGCGCCGGCGCGCCCGACAGGAGAUGGACGCCACGGCCGCCUCCCCCGCCCCCGCAGACGGCAAGAACGCUGAGAGUGAUCGGUCAGCCUCUACGCCCACUGCCCUUCCUGACCUGCCAAUUGUCCGGGAGUGGAAAGACCUAAGUAAUGGGAUAAGCUUGGCAGCACUGGUAUCUUUCUACUGUUCUGAAGAACUACCAUGGUCACAAGUGGUGGUUGGCCGUGUGCCCUCCAUCUCGGACUCCAUGCACAACCUCAUGCUGGUAUACAACUUUUGUAACCGCUGUUUACCUGCUUCUGUGUUCCACAUGAUGCCUGAGGAUGUCACAUAUAUGCAAGGCUCUAUGAAGCAGAACCUGAUAGUCUUCCUGGCUGACCUCUUCAAUGUGCUAGAGAUCCAUCCUGUGAAAUGCGUGCGCUUUCAGGGCACUGACCGGGCCCUAUGGAAGGAAGUGUCAAAAUCUGCUCCAACCAUUCAAACGUCCAUGCCUUUGAAGAAGUCCCACUCCUUACAACCAGCUGAUAUACAUGGAAAAGGUGGUGAUAGCACGUCACAAGAUGACAGGCGUGGUGGAGGUGAAGAAGCGUUCGUGGUGCACCGGGGUCGUGCUGUGCCUACAUUAGCAUCUGUAGCCCAGUCCUCAGAUGAGCCCUUGAUUCCUGCAAGAUUACGGCCAGCAAAAGAGAAACAAAACCAGGAUAGCAAAGCAGAAGAGCGUGGUGAACCAGUUGCUGCAGGUCGGCCUUCCAACUGGGAGGAGCAGCGUCGCAGUUCCUAUGCAGGUCGGCGUUCUAGGCGAAACUCUGUUUCGGAUGAUUCGCAGCUGACACUUGAAAAUUUCGGAGGAUCUCAAGAAAAUUUACACCUAUUAACUCGCAAUCCAGAUAAAGAGCCAGCUGUGCAUGUGGGGCGCAAAACCUCUGCACCCGAGAGCCCCUCCCCUGCCACAGCUGUACGUUCAAGUCUACAAGAUGCUCGGAGCUGUGGUGUUGAAAUGCUCUUCAGUGGCAGUGCAGAUAACGGGUAUUAUUCUGGUGAGAAAAGGGAUGAAGAAAAACCAACGACUACAACUGCAGCACAUUACCCUCCUCGAGAACCAGCAGAACCAACUCCUACAGCUACUAGUUUUGCAGAACUAUCUCGCGUAAAGGCAGAUGCAAACAAGAGCAUCAAUAUUAGUUACAUGCAGCAAGAACGUGAAAGUGAUGGAACCGGAGCAAACAACGGUGGAGCCCCCCCAAAAUCCAGCUUCCUCAACAAGAAAGUCAAUGGUACUGGAGGAAGUACGAAUGGUAAUGCUGAAAAAAAGACAACUUUUGCAGCACUUCCUAAUAACACAACAACGUGGCAGCAGCAGAGUUCAAAUAGUCAAAUGAUGCAUCAGGCUGAGUCUCAACAGGAUAGUGAUGAUGGUUCCAGUCACGUGAUGGCAUCACAACUCCAUAACAUUCGAAUGAAAUUAGAAGAGAAACGCCGGCGCAUUGAAAGUGAAAAGCGUCGAAUGGAAGUGGUAAUGAACAAGCAACGCCAGAAAGUAGGCAAAGCUGCUUUUCUCCAGGCUGUUACCAAAGGCAAGGGCUCGCUCGCUAAGGGCGCGGAGCCGGAGUCACAGAACAAGGACUCGAGUGCUGCAGUAGAGCCCUCGGCCUCGCGCCCUCAGAGGCCCCUCUCCCUGCAGGAAAUCAGUGAGGAUGCUUCAUCUGUGGAACACAAGUGGUUGGACAAUACUUUACCUUAUAUUGAAGAGCGGCGUACCCCAGACAUUGAAAAUAUGGAUCUGGAGCAGUAUCAGCAGUCACUGGCACAAAUGAAUUCAAGUCUGCAUGAAAUUCAAGCAGACAUUCAACGACUGGCAUCACAACAACAUCAAAUUCAAGGCUUGCAUUCACAACCAAUACCUCAGGCUUCAGUGGGUUAUACACAGCCCUCGCCACCUCCACCACCGCCACCUGUGCAGCAGACUUUCCAACCUCAGCCACAACCUCAGUUUUACCUCCAUGAACAACAGGCUCACCGGCGCACAUGGGCACAACCUGAGGUGCCAGCAGGACCCUUCGCAGCCCAGGAUGGGCGAACACUUUGGGGGUCUGACAGGCAUCAAAAACAGCAACCAGCGUCCUACAACUGCCAGCCUGCCAGUGGUUUCAUGCUGCAUGAUCCCCAUGGAAGUGCAUACCCUUUGCAACAUGCGGGUAAUGGUGAUGUGCGAUACCACAAUGGUGAGCAGUCGCAUGCAUAUCACCACCAUCACCACCACUUACCACCCACUGGCAUGUCGCAGACACCACCUCAGCAUCACAGCUUGGGUGUGAAUCAUGUGGCAUAUCCUGUCACAAGCACCUCACCCUCAGGCAGUGGUGGUUAUCAGUCAUUCCAGCUACACCAUGGAGCUGGAGAUGCGUCUCCUAGCCCUUAUUCUGGCACUCCACCCAGUGCUUCGCCUGUACACCGCACAGCAACUGUGCAGCAACGCAUCAGUCAAAUGCUGGGUCAAGAGUCUACUGACAUUAAAGUAGAUGAAAAGAACAGGACAUCAUCAGGCGUGAUGCAUGCGCCUAUUCCCACUCCUCCAGUCGAUGAUAUGGAGCCUCAGAGCAUCUCUUUUAUUGGUACACCCAGUACAGAAGAAGGGCUGGCCCAAAGUAUAAAGGGGUUGCAGAUUACAAGUGGAAGUCGCACGUAUCGAAUCCCGUCUCCUACACGACCUGGUAUAUCUCGGUCGGCUUUCCAUCAUCAGCACCAGCAACAGCAACAGCACCAGCACCAGCAACAGCACCAGCAACAGCACCAGCAACAGCACCAGCAACAGCAGCAGCUGCAGCAGCAUCUACCCGAGCUGCCAGAUGGCCGAGUAGCAUCUCCCACUGAGAACCAUCAGGAUGGGGGAGAAAGUGUGGGAGGAACUGAAAAGGGAUUUUAUAUCUCCUUUGAUAAUGAUGCACAACCAAAAAGGCCAAAGCCACCUUUACGUGUGAAACGCUCUUCUCCCAAAAAGGAACGACCUGUUGCUCAGCAUGAGAGCAUGUUCCUAUCAGAACGUGAAGAACCUUUAGGAAGUGAACCGGUUGCACCUGGGACCUUCCAAGAGGAACCUUGUGCUCGUACGGAUAUUCCUACUCCUUCAUCUAUGGGUUCUACACCAGGCACCAGCGAUUCCAAGGCUCAGGCUGCUGCUUCUGGUGUAGGGCUGGUCAUUGGGACAGAGCUUCUCAAUCCAGAUCCUACUGUUUUAGAUGAAAUGGAACGGAAAAAGGAGCGCAUCAUGUUGCUGUCACUACAAAGGCGUCAGCAACAAGAAGAGUUGAAAGCUUGCAAGGAACAGGAAGCACAGCGAAGACGUGACUUACAGAAGUUGCGUCAAGAGGAGCGUGAACGUAAGAAGGAGGAGGAACGUUUGCGUCGGGCUGCUAUUUUAGAACAGUAUAAGCUAAAAAAGGCUAUUGAGGAAGCUGAACGAGAGGGCAAAUUACUUCCUGAAAAGCCGGAGAUGACUGUAGCAAAACCAGUACCAAAAUUGCGCAACAAGUCGUCAACAAUGCGACCGCGACCCAAGACAAUUCAUGUGGAUAGUGGCAGCGUACAGGAACUCCAAGAAGGUGGUCUGAGCCCUAGCCGGUCAAAGAAGGGCUCCACUUCCAAUCUCACAGACUCGGUAUACAGUGCGCCCAUGAAGCGCGAUUAUUACCGGGGUUCUCAGGACAGUCUGGCUGACCGGCUUGACGAGCGAAGAGGCUUGGGGGCCUCCCUCUUCAAAGAUUCACCAGAUGAUGGCAGAGGAGCUUCACCCUGUCGAAGUGUCAAUCAACUGGGGAGACGUGGUUCAUAUAAAACAUCACGUGAUACGUCUGAGCCCCGCCAAACAAGAGGGUCUCAGAAAUACCCAACAUAUCAGGGCAACUUUAGGGGCCGCAAGUCGAAUUCACUCAUGAAUUUGUGCGACCCCAUGCCCACCUCUCCCGCUGGGAAAGAAGGGGAUCGUGUUAAAUCAAGUCGGCAAGGCCACAACUUUGAUGUGCCCCCAACUGUUUCCAGAUUUCGUCUGGUCUUCUCAUUGAAAUUUGCUGCGGCGCGCCGCGGCGAACCAAACGGCAUGUCAUUAGUAUACAGCUGUUCGAGCACUGAUCAAGACAGCAUGGUGUACCGUUAUGCAGACACCGACUCUGGGCUGGGCCGUGCUACUCCACCGCGGCGAGCGCCAUCUCCUGGCAUGAGCAGCAUGCGCCACCUCCCUUCGCCUUCAGGACCUGGUUCAUUGCCUCCUGGACUGAUGACAAAACGGCGCAUGUUUGACGAUGGCUCAAGUGACAUUAGUUCUACGCCAAGUUCUAUGAUGGAAUACACAGGACCACGACUCUACAAGCAGCCAGCUACGAAGUCCAACCGAGGAAUAAUGUUAAAUGCAGUGGAGUACUGUGUGUUCCCUGGUGCAGUCAACAAAGAGGCUAAACGGCGAGUACUAGAAGAAAUUGCACGAUCGGAAAGUAAACAUUUCCUUAUCCUCUUCCGGGAUGCUGGGUGUCAAUUCCGAGCACUGUACGCUUACUGCCCUGAACGCGAAGACGUUGCCAAGCUGUAUGGAACAGGCCCAAAACAAAUCACCGAUCGAAUGUUCGAUAAGUUCUUCAAGUACAAUUCAGGUGGAAAGUGCUUCUCGCAGGUUCACACCAAGCACUUGACAGUCACCAUCGAUGCCUUUACGAUCCACAACAGCCUCUGGCAGGGGAAAAAAGUAGCACUGCCCAACAAAAAGGACAUGCCUCUCGUCAUUUAGUCUGCUGGCAGUUGGACAAUGGAGACUGGUUGGCACUCACAUCAGUGGCGUAUGUUGACCAUAGUGUCAUUUGUGUCGUUGGCACAUGCGCUACUUUUGGUGCAUAUCCUGCUACUGCAAAGGUGCUUUCAAUAGAAUAAGCUGAAGUUGCUUCUUAUGACCUGUUCAACUGAUGGACUUGAAACAGACAUCAGCUCAGUUUGCAAGGGAUCUACAUGUUUCCAAUGUUUCAGUAUGUGUUGUCUGCCUGCAUGUGGGUACUAUCUACUUGCAAGAAUUGGUAUUCAUCACUGCUAGUUCUUUGCCAAGGUGCUCUGCACACCAUGAUUUUUGUUAUUUACAGUCUAUAAUUUUUCUUGUACAUUUCUUUGUUAUAUUUUUUUAACGUUUUGAGACAGAAUCGCUAGUGUAUGUUUGUGUAUAUGCAUGUGUGUGAGCAACUUGAUGUGAUUUAAGGUGUUGCAGACAAGAAUUUAAGGAUGUGCUUUUCUCAGAGGCCAGAUGUAUAAGUGUAUAUUGAGUAUGAAAUACUAUUUACCUUGAAUUAAAAACAAUUAAAUUGAUACUAAUUUCCAUGUAACAGAGCUCACAAACCACAAUGUGUAUUUUACUAAUGUUCUAAUUAGAUCUGUCAGGAUGAAAUGAAAUAGCAUGAAACAAAAAAAAAACAAAAAAAAAAAAAGCAAGAAAACGUGUUUAUUCCUGAUUUAUUUUGAAGAACAAUAGCAGUGUUGGGCAUUUCUCUUUGUAAAGCGUGCCCUGAAACUACAAAGAUAAUCAUUUCACAGAAGUCAUCUUUAGUUUAAUUGAAAAAACUAAGUUUUUUUUAAGUUAUAAAAUAUACAGAAAACAAAGAACAUGCAUUUGAUUUUAUUUAUUAAUUCUACUCAAUUUUAUUUGACCUAAUUCUUAAAUUUGCCUUAGCCUGCAAAGGCACUAUGAUAUACUGAAAAUCUUCUAGCAGUUAAUUUGCAAGGGUGUUGGGGCAUACCAGUAUCCAGAGAAAGGAGAUAUAGAAAAUAGUGUUGCAUUGCUAAUUUAAAGUUAAAUCAUGGUUCACAUCUGAUUUAAAUAUCAUCUUGAUUGAAAAUUUUGAUUUUUUCAUGCUAUUCUUUCCACUGGAUAUGUGAGAUGGCCCUGAUAUGAAUGGAGAGUUGACAAAAACUUGUGAAUCUGAAUUGCACAUUCCCACACCAUAGUAUUAUGCGGUAAUGCUGAGCAGUGCAACAAUGUGUUAUUUGAAAGAUCUACAUAUUCCAAUUUCCUUUUAUAGGAAGUUUCCAAUGCCGUGUACUCUAUUCAAAACUUCAUUAAAUGUGAUUGCUCUAUAGGUAAUAAACUAGAUAAUAUAUUGUGACUGAAAGAUUUAUUUAUGUUGAGGAUUGAGAUAAUGCUGCUAUUCUCUCUUUAAUGUUUCCACUGAUAAAGGCAAAACUAAGAACCUCAUGAGGUCAGUACUUUCUUUACAAAGCAAACAGAGAUAUCUAAAUAUCGUUGUAUCUCUCGUUUGCCAGGGAUGAAGAACUUUUCUUCUAUUCUCUUGGGCUGGGCCAUUUGAGAAUUUUAACUUGUAAAGCCAUGCAUGUCAGUCAUGUCAAUUUAGGCAGUAUGUUUUUUUCUCUCUCCUCUUGGAUGGUUAUAGGAUUCUCUGCCCUAUUCACCUAAAGAAUUUUUCUCGUGAUCCUUGCCUCAUUUGCUGAAAAAUGUUUAAACGGAUAGUAAGAUAAGCUUGUUGCAAGCAGUUUGUGUCAUUCAUUUAAGUCUCAGGCUGUGGUUUUUCAUUAUUCUAAAAUGUAUACAUGUGUAAUGUACUUGUGAUGUAUUGUUAUUUUAUUUUCUGUUGUACUUUUUAAAGUCAUAGUCUGUAUUAUACAUACAAAUAUUUUGCCAAGACUGAUAACAUCAGAUCACAAUUUCGAAGAUGCACAUGCAUUAUAUUUAACAUCUUCAAGCAUCAUUGUGUUGUGUAUCCUUGUUGGUUGGUUAUGGAAAACUUACUGACAAAUGCAUUUACUCCUUAGAAAAAGUAGUUUUUUGAGUAUGACUGAAAUAUAUUGUGAUUUGUGUGUGUAUGUUGAAUUCUAUGCAGCUGUGGGCAAUCCCAUAGAAUGUUUGAUUGGUACACUGUCUCAGUAGAACUAGUCUCAUUCUUCCCCUUGUUCUGUGGUAGUGGGAAUGUGUGUUAAGUGCCUGGUGAUAGAGGCGAAAUAGAUUGAGCUUGCUUUCAAGGAGUCUCUGUAUGUGACUUGUCAUGUCGUUUAUAUCAAAUGUUCUCCCCUUGUUCUUGAAUCUGCUACAAUGUAUGCAAGUAUUUGAUGGAAGUCUAGGAGAAAAUGAGGUGAUUAAUGCAACUACCAGUCCUCCCUUGCAAUUGUGGUCAGUGUAUUGCAUAGUGCUUGAAAUAUUAUUUCCAGUUAUGAGUGAGGCUACCUCUAUUUGUUUUUGCAAAUUCUUUGUUCUUAGGCAGUCGUAAAGAUUGUGUCUGAAUAAGCCAUCCAGAAAUACUACUGCAGGUGAUAAUAAUAUUAUUAAGUGUUCCUCUACUGUACAGCUCCAUUGGAAAUACUUGGAACAUAACAUGCUGUAGAGAACCUGUCUAGGGCCUAGGGUAGGUUUUUGCAGCAGAACCGUAAUUGGAGUACAGAGGAGGUUGUUGGCCUUGUUACUAAAGCAACAUAUUAAACCUUAACUGUAUAUUAUGUAUUUUUUGUAGUGCCCUAAUGUUAUUCAGAAACUCAAUAAAACAAAAAGUACCACUUGGAAGUCUUCUCAAACAGUAUUAACUGAAGAGAUGUUUCAUUGAUGGUGCAAAUGAAGAGUUGUGUGCACUACUGAACUAAAUUACUUGUAUUGCUAUAAGGCUACUUUUAAAAAAAAGGCACAGUCAGUUUCAAGUUACAUUCCCUGAGAUGAAUAAAUAAGAUAUUUUAGAAUGAGACCUGUCAUAUUAAAGAAAUACGUACAUAGCCUUAUGGUAUUACAAGUCAAAAACACUAACAGAUGUUGCAGUGAUAAAAUCCCUCAAAACAAGUUAUGCAAAACUCUUUUUGCAAAAGAACUUGUUAUUAGCAAUUUCUCUUGACUAUUCUUGAAUGUUGUAAUAAAUUAUACUAUUACAAAUUUUGAAUUUAUUUUUAUUCACUGGGGGGGGAAAAUCUGUUUAUCAUCUUCAAUUUUAAGAAGUAAUAAGAGAGAAUUAAUAAGAGUAACUUAUAGUUACAAUUUUAAUUAAACAGUGAACUCUACUUCUUGAGGGUAAAAGAAAUACUCCGUCAUUUCAUUGCCAAGCAUAAGUGUGUAUGACAAUUCAGCAUACUGCACUUUCAAGAUGUCAAGUGAAAUUGCAGCUGUCUUCCUUGCCAGCAAGGACCAUGGUUCAAUAUGUAUUAAUGGACAAAUCAGAGCAAUUGUGGCUGCUUGACUUGUAACUUAUAAAUAAUUGCAUAACAGUAGCUUCCCUCAAAGAAAUCAGUAACAAGCCUUGCAAUGAGAGCAAUCAACAGAGCAUGCAAUGUGCUCUGUGAAGGUAGUUUAUGAUUCCAUGAUGCAGGAGAGCAAACCACACCUGAAUCAAAGACAUGUGAAAAUUAUAAAUGUGUGCUUACUAAAAUGUAAAUCAUUUUGUUUUUUACCAAAACAUGCUGCUAAUUUGAAUCAUAAUGUACAUAUUAUGUUUUUAUAUAUACAUAUAUUUAUUAAGUAGAUUUGGGUCAUUCAUUGUUAGUGUCAAUAAAUAGAAUUCAAUAAAUCAAGCUGCCCCAUUGGUCGCUGGUCUGCUUCCUGUUGCAUGAGGGUUUCACAUUGUCCCAGUCUUUGCUCCAGGACCAGCGAAAGAUAUGUUUAAACAGCGCACAUGCUUCAUACCCACCUAUGCCAGGUUGUUAUCUGCAGAUUCUGAAAAUUGUUCAAUUGGAAUUCUGAUGUUUUGACAUACGGUUCACAGGUGGUGAUCCACAGGCAUUACAUAUUGAAUUUACUAUUAAAUCCAUUGCAUUCGAACCUAAUUAAUGAUUCAGGAGGGAUUGGCCAUUUCUAAGUUUAAUUUUAUAACAAAAGUUUUUUUAGGUUUUGCAAACAUUUUAUUUUACCUUUCCUCCAAUAAUCUAUAGUCUGAAUUAGUCACGAAAAUUAUUAAAUUUUAAUUGUAUUAUUGUGUGAAGGAAAUAUUGUAUUCAAAGUACCAGCAAAAUAAUUAACUUGUAAAUUAAGCAUCUAAAAAUUUAAUUCAGAACCUAUUCAAAAAGUUUGGAUUGAAAAGAAUGAACACAUUUCAUUUUGGUAGUUGCUCAAUACAAUCCAAAAAAGCUAUUUCCAUAUUUCCUUUUACAGUUGUAAGAACUUAAGUAUAAUUCUUGAAGAUGAUGUACAUGAAAAAAAAUUUAAAACUAUUUUACCAUGUGACCCAACAUUAUUCCUAAUACGUAUAAAUUAGUACUUUCCUUACAAGGAUCACCAAGUUCUAAGAUAACAAAAUUCUGACUUUAAAAGAAAUUGAAGCAUCUGAGCUAAGUCACAUUUAAUGGUAGUUUCAAAAGGUGAAGUUUUUGAGAAGCAAUCAGUUUGGCAAAAUUUGUUGCUACUAAUUGGGCAUGUGCAAACAUCUGCACUUUGUAAAUCAUUGUUUUAAAAGCACAUCCAUAUUGUAAG